AUGUUGCAAAGAAGGGCUUCGGUGAUCGAACUCGGGGGGUUAGAAGGGGGGGGGAUUGAAUUGGGGAUUCUGAAAAUUGGGAUAGAAGGGGGGGUUCUAUAAUAUCUUAGCAAAAACAGCAGGAAAUAUUCGUUGCUCAGAAGCAGUGAAAGAGGAGUAAAUUAUCCAAGAAUCUACCAAAGAAUAUUUGUGGGAUGUUUUAGGAAUUUUCUGCUUCUUUUGUCAUAAUUUUAUUUGUUUCUUUACUUUCAACUUGCUUCAAAUGUCAUUGUUUAUUGUUUUUG